UGUUACUGUAGGACGCCGAACGGAGAAGAGAUGGGUCGCAUUGUUCACCUGCUUGGCAACCCGCGCGGUGCACCUGGAGGUGGCUCACGGACUGACUACGCAGUCGUGCUUGAUGGCGAUUCACCGGUUCAUUGGUCGGCGAGGUUGGCCGAUGGAGUUUCUGUCCGACAAUGGGACGAACUUCCUUGGAGCCAGUAAGGAACUGGAAGGAGUUGAUCGAGAAAUAGGAGAAGAUUGUGCGGAUCAGCUGACUAGCGCGAGAACGAAGUGGACGUUCAACCCCCCUUUGGCUCCUCACAUGGGAGGAGUAUGGGAGCGUCUCGUUCGGUCGGUUAAGGAGGCAUUCGUGGCGCUUGAUGAUGGGAGACGGUUGACGGACGAAAUUUUGCAGACAGUAGUGGUGGAAGCGGAAGACAUGAUCAAUUCUCGCCCGCUAACGUACGUGUCUCAAGAGUGUGACGAAGCGGAGGCACUCACUCCAAACCACUUUUUGCGGGGACUCUCCCCAAAUCAGCCUAGCGUGAAUCUUCCCCCACCUCAUCCAGCAGCAGCACUUCGAGACGCGUUCCAGCGAUCGCAGCAGUUGGCCAGCAUUUUGUGGGAACGUUGGGUCAAGGAGUACAUUCCUUCGCUGAACCAGAGGACAAAGUGGUUUGGUGAGUCGAGACCAUUAAGAAUAGGAGAUUUAGUUUAUGUGGUAGAAGGUAGCAACCGGAAGUGCUGGAUCCGCGGGGUGAUAGAGGAGGUCAUCGUGUCCGGUGAUGGACGAAUUCGGCAGGCCUGGGUACGCACCAACAGUGGACGAUAUAGGCGAGCAACAGCAAAACUAGCCGUGAUGGAGUUUGGUAACUCUGAACCGGAUGCGAGCUCCGGUACAGGGUUACGGGCCGGGGAAUGUUCUGGCAUCACUGGCAGUUGCACCAUUGCACCUGUGUCGAAUUGACAGAUGCAACAAAUUUGUUGUCAUGCUGACAGACGACGAAGUGCAUCACGAAUGUAGUGCGAGGGAACUGUCAGACAACAUAAGUAAACAAACAACAUAAGAAGGAAAGUAGGAUAGAAAAACACCAUUUUGAAAGUGAUAGUAGUAGAAUAGUAAAAUACGUUGGAAUAAGAAAUUAGAAGUUGUGAGCAAGGAAAUUAUUCGGAUAGUGGAUAGAUUAAAGAUUAAGCUGUACUAAGAUCCAGAAUACGUAAGUUUGUGAAACAAUAUAAAGCAGUGAAUUAAAGCAACAAAUUUAUGACUAGAUACGCGGAGGCAAACACUGGACAAAUACGAACGGUACAGUUGAGAUUAUCAAUUCCGAGAUAAAACGAAAUAAAUUGCGAUAGACAGCGAUAGAGGAAGGAAAAGAGGAAGCUGUAAAGUAAGGAGAACAAACAAUUGUGAGUAAGACAAAUAAUCGAUUAUUUACGGUAAAUUAAAAUAAAGUUAUUUAGUUUGAUCUGCACAGUAAAAAAAGGCGGAUUUUCAAAAAUCUUGUUUUCGCCUGCCGUCCGAACACGGUGGAAA